AUUUGAUUUCUUUCUCCCUCUAUUAAUGGCUUCUAGCUCUAAUACUAGUGCUUCUUUUGGCAUGGGUCCUGAGACUCCUGACACCGAUAAUGCCUCUGUUACUUCAGGUCAGGCUCAGCAACAGUCUCCAGAGGAAGUUUCUUCCGAUGAUGAAAUUUAUAAUGAUCCCCUCUUCGCCUCUUUCCGUGGCCGUCAACACACAUUCAAAAUUGAGAAGGUUGUUCUUAAACCGCUGGGAAUUGGUGGUUAUAUUCCGAGAACGAAAAGUGAACAAGACCUGUAUGCCGCUGAGGUGAUGAGAAAACGGCAAGAGAACGGAUCCGAUGCAGAUAUGAGCUCUAGCGAUGGUGGUGAAAGUCCUGCUCCCUCCAAACGCAGGAGGAGAAGGAGAUCACGCUGUAGAAAUCCAUCGGAAUAUGAUGGAAGGUUGCAUGCCAUCCGCCUCAAAGAUGGUACCUACCAGUGUCCUAUUUAUGCUUGCUCUGCUGUGCUUCUUACAGGACAAGAGUACGCUGCUCAUACUAAGAAGCAUUACAAAUUCGAAACUGAAGAAGAAAAGGGCAGGAGGUAUGCUGCUCGCCGUUCCAGGGGAACGAAGUUUACCCUUCAGAAUAAUUCCCAUGGACUCACAGCGCCGGCGGAGUCUCACAGCGGAGCAACCUCCACUGUGAGCGCAUCGGAGUCUGGUUAGGAGGUGGCUAAGUGAUUAGCUUGGUAGUAGGAAAAUUGGCAAGAUAUGUUUGGGUUCCAUUAUUUAUGUCUGGUUUUUACUUUUGUUAAGAAUAGAUGUCUUUCAUGAACUAUCAGUACAAUUAAUAUAAAGUUACGUUUGGACAUUGAAGCUUUAAUUUGAGGCUUUAUUAAAAAAGGUAUACUUAC